AGAAACGUUAUGGUAAAUGUUAACCUAAAAAUUUGAUGUCAUAAUAUUGUUUUUAAAGUUGAAUAUAAAAUAAAUCUACGUAAAAGUUGAAAGUUAUAUGAUUAAAGCGUAUUCAUACCCUUUUUGAAGUAUCAGUUAUAUAUAGUUUUAGAAACCUCUACAUAGGUGAAAAUGAUUCUUCAAAGAUAUUUUCAUCAUAUAACUAAACAGUGUCUUACAAGACAGUGUGUCAUUCAGUCAAAUUACAAGCAGUCAUAUUGUGAAUUAAAACAUAAAUACAGCACCAAUAUCAAAGAAAGGAAAUUCACAGAUCGCCAUGAAUGGGUGGUCGUAGAGAAUAAUAUUGGAACUGUCGGGAUAAGUAAUUACGCACAAGAGUCUUUAGGAGAUGUAGUGUUUGCGCAGCUCCCAGAUCCUGGGACAGAGAUCAAAGAAGGAGAUGAAUGUGGAGCAUUGGAGAGUGUAAAAGCAGCCAGUGAAAUUUAUUCCCCAGUAAGUGGUACAGUGACAGACAAAAAUGGUGAUGUAGAAAAUAAACCAGGCUUAAUAAACACAUCUUGUUACGAUAAAGGAUGGUUGUUUAAAUUGAAACUUUCUAAGCCUGAUGAACUUAACAAACUCAUGACUGAAGCCCAGUAUGAAAAAUUCUUAAAAACAGAUGUAGAAAAAGAAGAUCAUUAAUAUAAUAUUUAACAGUAAUUCUUCACAAAUUAGUUGUUAGGAAAUAUUUUUUUAGUUGACGCACUUAUUUAAUGCUGCAAAAAGUUUAAUAGAGUAAUAUAUAAAAUUUUAUGGCUUGCCUUAAUUUAUGGCAGAGUAAUAAUAAAAUAUAUAUAUAUUUGUUUUUUUUUAUGUAAUUAGUAGUAGUAUUAGUAGUAGCUAGUGUAUAAACAAAAAACAGAGCUCUUUGAUUUUUACAGUUGUGUUUACAUCCUAAUUUUCAUUUAAAAUGUAUUCAAAAAAUGAGAAUAAUACAUGAGUAUAACUAGUUGAUGAAAAUGUUUUAAUAAAUUAUGUUGAGUUUUA